AAUACAAUUUAUAUUUUUCUUUAAUACGUAUUAUUAAAUUUCGCAUAAUUGUGAUAUGGAGUAAAAAUCACAUUGUCACUGCAAUUAUUUUAUAUAACUUUUUUUAAUUUGUACGAACGGUCACCUAUUUAUUAUAGAUUUGAUUGAUAUUAUUUGAUAAUGGAAAAAAGCGUAGAUUCGAAUACGAAUUAUCUGCUGGAACAGUUAAUUACAGCAAGAAAAGAAAUUAAUAAUUUAAGACAGGAAAUAAAUAGUCUACGUUAUGUGCAUGAAAGAGAUAUUAGUAAUAUUAAAAGACUAUUGAGAUUGGGGACAAAUAGUCUUACUUCUUUUUCCGAAGAAUCAGCAUCGUCGUCCGAGGUGCUAACAGCACCUUUAAAAAACAAUGAAUUAUUAACAAGUAAAAUUAGUAAUGAUUGUAAUUCAAUUCGUCGACCUAUUGGUAUUAUGUCAAGUUGGUCUCCAAAUAAAAAAGCUACUCCUAGACAGUCUGUAGUUUCUAAUAGUACUUCCGGUAAAAUAAUUCUUUUUCAAAGUAUUUUUACCAAUCCUGAGCACGCUCUUAAAGGAUUAGAUGAAUUUUCACACAUGUGGAUAUUAUUUCAUUUUCAUAAAAAUGAAUUAGGGCAUGUGGGAACAGAAGUUGCACCUCCUGGAUUAAACAGUAUUAAAACUGGAAUAUUUUCCACAAGAUCGCCACAUCGUCCGUGUCCUAUUGGAUUAAGUUUGGUCAAAAUAAUUAAAAUUGAAGAUUAUAAUAUUUACUUCGAAGGUGUCGAUGUGAUCGACCAAACUCCAGUUCUAGAUAUAAAACCAUAUAUUCCAUAUUAUGAUAAUCCAUUGCAUCUAGACAAAGUACUGCAUUCUAUUCGUUUGAAGGAAGAGUCGGAGAAAGGCAAUACAGCAACAUCCUCAUCAUCUUCGAUGAAUAAUGCAGAUGGUUGGAUUUAUAACGCUGCUAACGAUACAGAUAAGCGAUUGUCUGCCAAUUGUAAUGACAACACUUGCACAUUAAACAGAAAAAGUGUUAUUUAUUCAAAGAGUAUUGCAGACAAUCAUUCUCAUGUACAUGUAUCUUCCCCUUCUUCGUCCUCUAUUUCUUCAUCGAUAGAUGUAUCAAAAGACGAAGAACUUGCAUUAAAAUUACAAGCAGAGGAAUUUGAAAACAAUUUAAUCUUUGAAGAUGUUUCUGUUAGCAAUGAAAGUAUAACUAGUUUAGAGGACAAAGAAGUUACGUCUGUAACUACUAGUAGGGUUAACGCAAAUUCAAUUAGCUACAAUACUGGAGUCGGUGGUAGCGAUAUUAGAAACUCGAGACCACUGGAUCAAACAGAUCGCUCAAGAAUAAGAUAUGCAUCUGAUAUGGAUAUAAUCAAUAGGGGUACAACAAAUUUAACAUUCAACGAUGAAUGUCCAUAUAUAUCAGAUAAAAUAGGAAAACGAGAAGCACCAGAUGGAGAAGAAGGCUUUGCUUAUAAUAAAAAGUCAUCUAGUAGUACGGCCGUUACUAAUAAACUAAAUUCUGAAACAAGACCAAUAAAUGUCAGAGUGCCGGGUUGGAUGUUAAAUCCAAAAGAAUCACCUUUUACGAUAAAUUUUUCUAAAAUGUGUUUACAACAGCUACAAGAAAUCUCGAAAGACAAGACAGAUGAAAAAAAAUUGCUUAUAGAGAGCAUUUUAAAGGAAGACCCAAGAACAGCGUUCAUUAGACUGUAUCAUCGUAAUAAAUAUUAUGCAGUAUUAAUUCAUGAUCUUCAUGUCUUUUGUAGAUACAACGAUAUUAAAAAAGAAGUUACGGUCAUUAAAAUUCGACUUGCAGGUCAUACGUGUAAUUGCGGAGAGGCUGAUUGGCAGUGUAUUGGGCAUACAGAACUUUCUCCUGGUCACAACCUCCCAUAGGUUUUAUUAAUAUACUUUUAUAAUGUAUGUGAUUUUUUAUUAUAUAAUUUAUUAGAUAAUUUUUCGCACACGUGAAUCAACUUUGUUACAAGUUCCUCUGAGAUUAAAGUUGAUUAUUUAUGAUAAAUUUCUUAAAAACGCAAUUUGAUUAAAGCUCACGAGCUUAAC